GCCUGAGGACCUUCAUAGGGCCCCAAACACCUUUCUCUCUCUGAAAUCUUGGUAAUGGCGAAACGUUUCUCUCUCUUGGUAGUUUUUUUCUCUCUCCUCGCCGUCUACGUCACGGCGGAGGUUCUUUCCGGCGAAGAUGGUGAUGCUCUGAUCAGGCAGGUGGUGGACGACAACGGCGAGGUUCGGCUCGGUGCCGAUCACCAUUUCUCGCUCUUCAAGACCAAAUUUGGAAAGUCCUACGCUUCUCAGGAGGAGCACGAUUACAGGUUCGAGGUUUUCAAGGCUAACCUCCGCCGUGCUAGGCGCCACCAGAGGCUUGACCCCUCAGCCAACCAUGGUGUGACUCGCUUCUCCGACCUAACUCCGGCUGAGUUUCGCCGUACCUUCCUUGGCCUCAGGAGCCACCUUAGACUCCCCUCUGACGCUAAUACGGCUCCGAUUCUUCCCACUAAAGAUCUCCCCGAGGAUUUUGAUUGGAGAGAUCGUGGUGCCGUUACCCCAGUCAAGAAUCAGGGUUCUUGCGGAUCAUGCUGGAGUUUCAGUACGACUGGUGCCUUGGAAGGUGCUAACUUCCUCUCCACCGGAGAGCUUGUUAGCCUUAGCGAGCAACAGCUUGUGGAUUGUGAUCACGAGUGUGAUCCAGAAGAGAAAGGGUCAUGCGACUCAGGGUGCAAUGGUGGGCUAAUGAACAGUGCCUUUGAGUACACACUCAAAGCCGGUGGACUAAUGAAAGAGAAAGACUAUCCCUACACAGGCACCGACCGAGGAACCUGCAAGUUCGACAAGAAGAAGAUUGCAGCAUCAGUGGCCAACUUCAGUGUUGUCUCCCUCGACGAGGAUCAAAUCGCUGCUAACUUGGUUAAGAACGGUCCUCUUGCAGUGGCCAUCAACGCAGUGUUCAUGCAAACAUACGUAGGUGGGGUGUCAUGCCCAUACAUAUGCUCAAAGAGACUUGAUCAUGGUGUGUUGUUGGUGGGUUAUGGUGCAUCUGCGUAUGCUCCUUCUAGGUUGAAGAACAAGCCAUAUUGGAUUAUAAAGAACUCGUGGGGAGAGAAUUGGGGUGAGAAAGGGUUCUACAAGAUAUGCAGAGGCCGAAAUGUGUGUGGUGUGGACUCUAUGGUUUCGACUGUUGCUGCUGUUCACACUUAAGGGGGAGACCUUAUAUAUUUAGCUCCUCAUGGCUAUGGGGAGGAGGACCCAAUUGUCUGUAAAUAUCUGUGUUUUUUUUAAAAACAUAGGCAAGGCCAUGUAUUGUGAUUUUUCAGCUUUUUUAUGUUUUAUGAUUUAAAAAAGACCGAAGAAAAUCCUUUCUAUGUCAUUUUCAUUUAUGUGAACGAACAUAAACUGAUGUUGCUUUUACUCUCACAAUUGCAAGUUGGAACGUGCAAGUAAUUGUGGCAACUUUGUGGUGUAAUGUAAGAAAAGAAAGAUUAUGAUAUGUCUAACCAUUUGUGGAAAUUGUGUA